CUUUAGGCCGCAGAGUCUGGCAUCGUCAAGAUCAAAACCAUCGCUGCAAGAAACACAGACAUCCUGGCAGCGCUGAAGGAGAACAGUUCAGAGGUGGUCCAGCCGUUCCUCAUGGGCUGCGGAACCAAAGAACCCAAAAUCACCCUGCUGUGUCUCGCCGCCAUUCAGAGACUCAUGUCCCAUGAAGUCGUGUCCGAGGCGGCGGCGGGGAACAUCAUUAACAUGCUGUGGCAGCUGAUGGAGAACGGACUGGAGGAGCUCAAGCUGCUGCAGACGGUUCUGGUGCUGCUCACCACCAACACCGUCGUGCACGACGAAGUGCUGUCCAAGGCCAUCGUUCUGUGUUUCCGGCUGCACUUCACUAAAGACAACAUCACCAACAACACGGCGGCCGCCACCGUCAGACAGGUCGUGACCGUGGUGUUUGAGAGGAUGGUGGCGGAGGACGAGAAAUUCAAAGGUCUGACGGAAGAGCCUCCUGCUGUCCAGGGCAACAGUAACCGGCGCUCCGUCAGCACCCUGAGACCCAGCGCUAAAGACGCCUACAUGCUGUUCCAGGAUUUGUGUCAGCUGGUGAACGCCGACGCCCCCUACUGGUUAGUGGGAAUGACCGAGAUGACCCGGACGUUCGGCCUGGAGCUGCUGGAAUCAGUUUUAAAUGACUUUCCUGAAGUUUUCCUGCAGCAUCAGGAGUUCAGUUUCCUGCUGAAGGAGCGCGUGUGUCCGCUGGUCAUCAAGCUGUUCUCUCCCAACAUCAAGUUCCGUCAGGGCUGCAGCAGCAGCGCCUCGUCCCCGGCGCCUGUGGAGAAACCCUAUUUCCCCAUCUGCAUGAGACUGCUGCGGGUCGUCUCGGUCCUCAUCAAACACUUCUACAGCCUCCUGGUAACGGAGUGUGAGAUCUUCCUGUCUCUGCUGGUGAAGUUUUUGGAUGGAGAGAAGCCGCAGUGGCUGAGAGCCGUGGCAGUGGAGUCUGUGCACAGACUGUGUGUUCAGCCACAUUUACUGCGGUCUUUCUGUCAGUCGUACGACAUGAAGCAGCACUCCACCAAAGUCUUCAGAGACAUCGUCAACGCUCUGGGCUCCUUCAUCCAGUCCCUCUUCAUCCUCCCCAGCGCAGGAAACACCUCCUCCACCAGCACGCCUGCAGGUGGGUCGGUGUCGGGUUCACAGGGGUCCGCUCAGGGAGGUCCGGGUGUGGCAGCAGUAGGGGGAGGUCUGAUCACACAGGCCGCUUUUGAGUACCGGGGCACCUGGAUCCCCCUCAUGAACGUCAGCAUCCAGGGCAGUGCCAAAGCCACCUAUCUGGAGAUGCUGGAUAAGGUGGAGCCGCCCUCCAUCCCUGAAGGUUACGCCAUGUCUGUGGCCUUCAGCGCCCUGCUGGAUCUGGUGAGGGGAAUCACGUCUAUGAUCGAGAGAGAGCUCUCCAAACAGGAACAGGAAGCUGCUGUGAGGAAGGAGGCGGAGCUUGUUAGUCCUCCACAGAGAGACAGCUGCCCUCAGGAACCCAUGACUCAUGAGGUUUGGGAGGAGAUGGUGAACGCCUGCUGGUGCGGCCUGUUGGCGGCCCUUUCACUUCUGCUGGAUGCCAGUACGGACGAGACGGCCACAGAAAACAUCCUAAAAGCGGAGCUGUCCAUGGCGUCUCUGUGUGGACGUCUGGGUUUGGUGACGCCGCGUGACGCUUUCAUUACGGCCAUCUGUAAAGCAUCUCUCCCUCCUCACUACGCCCUCACCAUCCUGAGCAGCAACGCUGCCAACCUCUCCAAUAAAGUGUACUCUAUCCAGGGUCAGAGUGUGCAGAUGGUCAGUCCGUCCAGUGAAUCUCACCAGCAGGUGGUAGCAGUGGGUCAGCCGCUCACCACACAGCCGCAGGGCACCGUAGUGCUGACAGCGAAGAACAUUCAGUGCAUGCGGACGCUGCUGAAUUUGGCUCAUUGUCACGGUGCUUAUCUGGGAGACGAGACACGUUUAUCUCUUCUUCUCUACAAGCAUCUGGUGUGGAUUCUGGGUCUGAAACCGGCUGUCGGUGGAGUUCUGAAACCCGGGCGAGCUGUGGAGGGCCCGAGCACGGUUUUGACCACAGCGGUGAUGACCGAUUUACCCGUCAUAUCAAAUAUCCUGUCCAGACUCUUUGAAAGUUCACAAUACCUGGACGAUGUCUCUCUGCAUCACCUGAUAAACGCUCUGUGCUCGUUAUCCAUGGAGGCCAUGGAGAUGGCUUACGGAAACAACAAGGAGCCAUCUCUGUUUGCGGUGGCCAAACUGCUAGAGACCGGACUGGUUAAUAUGGACCGGAUCGAGAUUCUCUGGAGGCCGCUGACGGCUCAUUUACUGGAGGUCUGUCAGCAUCCUAAUGCUCGAAUGAGGGAGUGGGGCGCAGAGGCCAUCACCUCGCUGAUCAAAGCUGGACUCUCCUUCAAACGCGAGCCACCGCUGUCCCAGAACCAGAGGUUGCAGCUGUUGCUUCUGAACCCUCUGAAGGAGCUCUCCAACGUCCUUCACGCCGAUAUCCGACAGAAACAGCUGGAGUGUGUCCUACAGAUCCUACAGAACCAGGGAGACAGUCUCGGACCGGGAUGGCCUCUGGUGCUGGGGGUCAUUGGAGCGAUCCGCAAUGACCAGGGUGAAUCCCUCAUACGAACAGCCUUCCAGUGCCUGCAGUUGGUGGUGACCGACUUCCUACCCACAAUGCCUUGCAUGUGCCUACAAAUUGUGGUGGAUGUAGCCGGCAGCUUUGGGCUCCAGAACCAGGAGCUAAACAUCAGCCUGACGUCUAUCGGCUUGCUGUGGAACAUCUCAGACUACUUCUUCCAAAGGGGAGAAGCAAUUACAGAGGAGCUGGAGAGGGAGGAAGCAGUUCUCUUGAAACAGGCCCAAGAUAAAGGUGAACCUCUGAACCGACCCUUCCACCCUGCACCACCCUUUGACUGCCUGUGGUUGUGCCUGUAUGCCAAGCUGGGUGAGUUGUGUGUGGACCCACGGCCGGCUGUGAGGAAAAGCGCUGGCCAGACAAUGUUCUCCACCAUUGCUGCUCACGGCACGCUGCUGCAACCACCGACCUGGAACAUCGUUGUUUGGAAGGUUCUCUUUGAUCUGCUGGACUGUGUAAGGAAGUCCUCCACCACGGCCGACAAGGAAAAGAUCGAAUCCGGAGGUGGAAACAUCCUCAUCCACCACUCACGCGACACAGCAGAGAAACAGUGGGCGGAAACAUGGGUCCUGACACUCGCGGGCGUAGCUCGGAUCUUCAACACCAGGAGAUACCUGCUUCAGCAGCUGGGUGACUUUUUCAAGGCUUGGGAAGUUCUGUUGGACCACAUCCAGUCUGCUGCACUCAGCAAGAACAAUGAAGUUUCCCUCGCCGCCCUCAAGAGCUUCCAGGAGAUCCUCCAGCUAGUCACGCCCAUUAAAGACACGGAUAAACCCGACGCUCUCACAAUGGACGUUCCUCCUGUCCUUAUGGAGUCUCUACAAGGUUCUGGGCCAGGAAGACCCCUAGUCCGAUCCGAUUCCCUUGCCGAGCGACUAGCCCAGCGCUACGGUGCCCAACCUUCACUUCCACCACCUGGAGAGGAGCUGGACGACUCGGCCCUCUGGUGGUCAGCGUGGAACACUUGGUACCGAAUAGGAACCGAGUGCACGCGACCCCCUAGUGGUGGAACAGAUAAACUAGUGUUCGUACCUAGUCAGCCUUUCCUGACGGCGCUAAUACAGAUUUUCCCAGCGUUGUACCAGCACAUCGCAGGAGGGUUCAGCAUGGAAGAUCUCAAGAAGCUGGGGGUGAUUCUGCAUGGAGCUGUGUCGGUACCCAUAAGCUCAGAUUCCUCGCCUUUCAUCUUGCCCUCCUACACGGAAGCGGUGCUCACCAGUCUGCAGGAAAUGGUUCUGACUGCCCUUGACAUCCUGCAGAAGGCAAUUUGUGUGGGUUCGGAGAAUCUCCAGGUGAUGUAUCCCGCCAUCUUUGAGCAGCUUCUGCUGUUCGUGGAGUUCUCCUGUAAACCUCCUCAGUAUGGAAAGAUGGAGACCAAACAUGUGGCCAAUGCCAAAUACAACCAGAUCCAACUGUUUGCACCGGCUGAGUGGGUGGCCUUAAACUACGUGCCGUUUGCGGAGCGAUCUUUGGAGGUGGUGGUUGAUCUAUAUCAUAAAACAGCCUGUCACAAAGCCGUUAUCAACGAGAAAGUCCUACAAAACAUCAUCAAGACUCUGAGGAUUCCUCUGGGUCUGAAGUACGCCUGUCCUGCUGAGAGCACCUGGAAUCUGGCCGUCUCCUCUCUGCUCAAAGUGCUUUCCAUUGGACUCCCUGUUGCCCGGCAACAAGCAUCCUCAGGCAAAUUUGACACGAUGUGGCCAGAGCUGGCGAACGCCUUUGAAGACUUCCUGUUUACCAAAAGCACACCUCCAGAUAAUCUGUCCAUACAAGAGUUCCAGAGGAACGAAGCUGUAGAUGUCGAGGUGGUGCAGUUGAUCAGCUCAGAGAUUUUACCAUUUGCCAAUUUCAUACCCAAAGAGUUCGUAGGUCGUAUCAUGAGCAUGCUCAAUAAAGGAUCGAUUCACUCCCAGUCAUCAACGUUCACAGAGGCUGAAAUGGACAUGCGUAUGCGGGAGGAGUUCUCGAAGGUGUGCUUUGAGACGCUCCUGCAGUUCUCCUUCAGUAAUAAGGUGUCGACGCCGCAGGAGGGCUACAUCUCUCGUAUGGCGCUGUCAGUGCUGCUGCAGAGGGCGCAGGACGUGCUCCGACGAUACGUGGAGGACGAGAGACUCGGUGGACGCUGCCCGCUGCCCAGGCAACAAGUGACUGAGAUCAUCUUUGUGUUAAAAGCCAUCAGCACUCUCAUGGAUUCCUUGAAAAAGACUCAACCAGAGAACGUGGACGGGAACGUGUGGGCUCAGGUGAUCGCGCUGUACCCGACGCUGGUGGAGUGCAUCACCUGCUCGUCUCCUGAAGUAAGCUCCGCCCUCAAAGACGCCCUGGGGCCCUUCAAAGACUUCAUGCAACCGCCCGUCUCCAAAGUGCAGAAUGGCGAAUCGUGACUGAACGUUUUUAUUCCACCGCAAACAUGAAUGUGACUGUUUCAUACGCUGGCGCGAGGAUGGUUCACCCCCAUCGUCAUGGUAACUGUUGAUUGACAGCUCCAAAUCCCAUCGUUCAAAGCUUCUUCUAAUACGAGCUGACGGUAGACUCUGAUUGGCCGACUUUAACGAUGUAUUAACUGCUACGUUAAAUUUGCAGUGUUUGUUGUUUUUAUGGGUUUUUGGUUAAACCCCCAAGGGGGGGGCCUUUGGAGUUAAUGUACAGUGUUUGGUGAUCGUGUUAAACAUGUAAUUAAGAAUUACGCAUUUGGAUUGAAAAUCAAAUCCAAAAAUCAUUUAAAAAGAAAGAACGAAAAAUCAUAAAUACAUGAAGGGUGGUCUUUUUUUGUGAAAUUUUCUCAACAGCAAUGGGUUUUAUGCAAGAUCUUACUGUAACAUUCCAUGUCAUCUUUAGUCGCAUUGAGAAGGGUCGAACCCAGUGUGUGUACAAUAAUAAAUGGUACAGUUCUAUGAACAUCAAA